ACUAGCCGCCCAAGCGACGCAUCGAAAAGCAUCUGCCAAAAUUUGCGAAUACUCUGUAGAGCGCGUGGAAAGGAAUUUCUUGUACGGAAAACACUUGAGAGCCUGCAGAGAGUCUCAAUUGCAUUCGGCCACGGGCGAGAUGGCGGAGCUGAUUGUCCGCAAGUCGCUAAAAGCCAAAAAGCAGACAAUGAAGCGGGCAGCAAAAGGGCCUCCUGCCAAAAACACACGCAGCAAGCGCAAGACCAUCAUGGCGGCCGAUAGCGAGGGGACCGGGGGGUUCGAGCGCGGCUUGGAGCCGGCAGAGAUACUGGGCGCCAACGUCAACUCGUCGGGUCAAAUCAUGUUCCUGAUGAAAUGGAAGGGCAGCGACUGUGCCGAUUUGGUGAGUGCCAAGGUGGCCAACAUAAAAUGUCCACAGCUGGUCAUUGCCUUCUACGAGGAGCGCCUGGUCUGGAUAAAUAAGAACGGCACCCCCCCUGGCCGCACUGCAGGCGGAUCAGACGACGAAGAGGAAGAGAAUGACGAGGACGAGAACCAGAAGUCGGAUGAUGGAGAUGGCGAGCCUGCAAUCGGAGAAACCGACAACUGAUCAUAUUCCCCAUAACCUCACAAUAACCUAUAAAAAUGGAAUGUUCUAAAGUCGAAUAAAACACAAUUCAAGUUGUAC